UAGCAGCGGCACAGCGCGUGCGUUCACACAACUCAGUACACACACACACACACACACACACAGAGUCAGCGGGGAGCUCGGAAGCGCACGAGCAGCGAGUCGGCAGCAGAAAAAGUCACGUUAAAAGCCAACAGAACCGAAAUGCGAGUCUCGAAUUCGACGAGAUAACAGCGUCCAGACUUUUGGAAGUCGCUGGACUCAUCCUGAGCGCGAGCCUGUGAGAAAACUGCACGCUACGGGUGAAGAGCUCGGAACCAUCUUUCUUAGUUUGUAACACUUAUUUCGACAACAAUGACUGCCAGGUCAGCCAUCAACAAAGAGAUCUUUAUCCCACACAAUGAGAGGAUGUUGGCAGCCGUGCAGGUGAAGAGGAGGACUAAGAAGAAGAUUCCCUUCCUGGCUACAGGUGGCCAGGGCGACUACAUGACUUUCAUCUGUCUGUCAGUGACUAACAAGAAGCCAACUGAGAUCUCUAUCACAAAAGUGAAGCAGUUUGAGGGCUCUUCCUCUUUUGUCAGAAGAUCCCAGUGGAGUCUCGACCAGCUGCGGCAGGUGAACGGCAUUGACCCUAACAGGGAUUGUCCAGAGUUUGACCUGACCUUUGAGAACGCUUUUGACCAGUGGGUAGCCGGCUCAGCUGGUGACAAGUGCAUGUUCGUGCAGGUCCUACACAACACAUGCCAGCGCUACAGUGCAGAAAGAAAACCAGAGUUUGUCAACUGCCAAUCCAAACUGCUGGGAGCAGAAGAUCAAUCAGUAAAUACAGUCGUUUUCCGUUGCAAGAUCUUUUUGCACAGAAUGAGGAAGACAGUUAUGUCAGACCCAGGUGUCCUACUUCACGCAGGACAGACUAGAUACAAGAAGAUGGUGUCUAGCUAUAGUCUAGAUGGUCGUCUUGUGAACUUGGACAGCACGAUUCUUUUCCAGAGACAAAACUCAAAAGCCAAGACAAACAGUAGAGAUUAUUGGACAGCAGCCUUGUGGGGUAACAGCAUCCUGCAUUCUGCAGCUGACAGCGUGAGUAGUGCGGUGCAGAAGGCCAGUCAGGCACUGAACGAGCGUGGCGAGAGACUGGGUCGUGUGGAGGAGAAAACUGGAGACAUGAUGAACAGUGCUCAGCAAUUUGCUGAUACUGCACAUAAGCUGGCCAUGAAGCACAAGUGUUAAGCUGCGCCAAAUCAGUUCCACCAAAGGGUUCUGCCAUCAACGCUCAGACACGCAUCGAGGGGACGGAUUCUAGAAAUUAUUCUUUAAACAAAAAUUUAACACUAGUAUUAUGACUUAAUGCUGUGUUUAUUGUUUUUCUUUUUCUGUUUUUCUUUUUUAUUUUUAACACAUCUUCCUGGUGUUUCCAGAAGAGUAGUUCAAGCUGGGGGUAAAAGAUGUCUGGCCCAGUGACUGUGUGUGAUGAAAAAGCAGCUAGGGCUUUUAUCUUUUCAGAAGCCUCUCUUCUGGAUCCUUUCACAGAGGGAAGAAGUGCAGAGAUUCCUGGUUACAGGAUUUUCUUACUGAUGGAAACGGGGUACUGUGUUACAUUUAGGGCCAGUUAAACUGGAUGUACAGAAGACCAUUUUUAGCCAUUGCCUAAGGGUAUGAUUUAAUAAUCUCUUCUCCCACAAUACAUUUCAUACCAUCAGUGAGCUCUAGUUCACGUGGAGAGUACUGAAAGUUGCUUAGGCAUAAUGUAACCAUUUUUAUUAUAUAUUAUGAAAAUACUCAUAUUUUUCAAAUCAUGAAAUUAGAAAAUAGAAUAAUAAUAGAAUUUGAAGCUGAAAUAAGUGCUUAACAACGUGUGUAGUUGCAAAUCUGAACUUACUUUUAAAUCAAAUGCAGUGGCUUUUAUUUUGGUUUAGAUAUUGUUUUUCAUUUAUCAAUAGAUUACAUUCAAAUGGAGUGCAAAUGUUCCAGUUUUAGCUUCAUAAAGGGGAAUUCAUUAUCAUGUAAACAGGGGAGGUAAGAAGUGUUCACAGCGGGCCCUUGCUUGUGAGAAACUCAUGAGAAAUAAUUACUGACCCUUACGAAUUCACACCACAGUUGCCAUUGAUGUUAUUCUACUUUACAGCAGUUGUUGGGUAUUAAGUGGCGACAGUUAGCAUAGUUCAGCAGUAAGUUGUGUUAUAUACUAAUCACGGUGCACUGCCACUACCAAUAAGCUUUUAAUGGUGUAAGUGACUCUCUUUAUUCCGUAACCGUACGUGAUGUUACAUGAUUGAUUUUGCUUGUAUGGGUGAAUCGAGGUUAACUUUUGAUUAAAUCAUGCGCAAAAUACAUCAUUCCAAGUUGAUCCUCAUGUAAAACGACUUAGCUUAGAUAUUUUUAAGAAUUUGUAUAACAUGUUUGUGAACCACAGGGCACCUCUGUUUUAUUGGCUAGCAAUAUUUUGUGGCUUUCAAAUAGUACUUAGUAACUGUAGCUGUUUACAUAAUAGCAGAUUUCAUUACAGACAGCAGCUUACCGAGUCUGAGGUGCUCGAUUAUCUCGUCUUUAUUUUUAUUUUUUUUCAGUUCGGCAUGCAGUUAUGGUGCACUGAAAUCUUUAUCACCACCAUUCAGAAAUAACACAGUGGUCAUUAUUCUAUUAGAAAUGGAAACAUGUCGAAUGCAUAGGUAAUAUCAGCCGGCUCUCAUUUCCAACUGCAUGAUUGUUCAUGUUUUCUUAAAUAUCAUCACUGAUUUAACACAAUUCAUUUCCAGACACACCCUCUUUUACAGAUUUGUCCUAUAAAAACAUGUUUUAAAUCGACCAUGCUAGCAGCGCUUAGGUUUUAAACCCUGUGAAUGUACAGUUUAUUGUUCUGGUUUGCAUUAUUAUUAUUAUUAUUAUUAUUGGAAAAAAUAUGUUGGAUUGAUAUUAAUAUUAGAUGUUGAGUUUAAUGGUCACUUACAGAAAAGUUCUCCGGGUCCAGCGCUGGAGGACCAACAUUGUGAAGACUUUAAAUAUGGAUAAAUAUUUAAGAGAAGUCAAAUUGCACAAUUUAAAUCAAAUUUUGACCUUUAUAGGUGAAAAGAAAGACACAUUCCUGCUAACAGUGCUAACAGUAAAGAAGGUGAAAAGUGUUAGAUAUCCAGCACAACCUGUUGAUUUAGUCCCAAUAGUAGUGCCUUUGUCAAAUAUAUUUUUACAUUUUGUUUUCUGUAGCAUAUGCUUUAUGUGUAAACCUUUUUUGUUUGUAUUGUGUAUUCUGAUUUCUAUUCCAAAACCAGUUCCUCAUUAAUGCCAUUUAAAAUAAUCAUAGUAUUGUUUUUAUAUGGAGUUUUACAUCUAAAUCAUGUUACUAGUGAAUGUGAGACAUAGUGCAUAUGUUCACAUGAUAUGUCAUAACUGUAAGGAAUGUGGCAUCUCAUUUAUUUUUUUAAAAGCUCCUUCCAAGUAUCUCUCUCCAAAUACAUGACAUGAGUGAUGCGCCUGUAGUGUGUAAAUAAAAAUUCCUUGACCUUCCUGGCUUGUGAUUUCUCCGAUAAAAUUUCAUUUCCAUUUCCCUCCAUGCUUUUUUACUUUAUAUAACAGAAAUAGUGGAAAUUUGAAGCAAUCAGGGAUUCAUGCAUCAUUUAUUUCUUUCUAUUUGUAUUAUUUUUAUUUAUUUGAAAUGUCUUAGUGUUUGCCAAAUGUCUGUAUGUCAGAGCGUCUCACUAUCUGUUAUGAUAUUUGUAUUGUGGCGUUUCAGUGUUAAUGGCAUGCUGUUCUCCAUGUCUUUGUGUUCUUGUUAAGGGCUUUAGUCAUAUUAUUUUGAGGAGUUUCUUUUACAUAUUGAAGAGUAACAGGAACCCAGUUCUACCAGUGUUACCAUGUUAUGAUAGUUACUUAGUUGCAGCCUGUUUUCCUAUGAUUCUGAAUAAUUUUCACUUAAAUAUACACUGAUCAGCCGUAACAUUACAAUCACUGACAGGCAAAGUGAUUAACAUUAUCUUGUUACAGUGCAACCUGCCAAGCGGUGGGAUGUAUUGGGCAGAAGGUGAACAGUUAGUUCUCAAAGUUGAUGUGUUGGAAGCGGGAAAAAAAUAGGCAAGUGUAAGGAUCUGAGUGAGUUUGUUAAAGGCCAAAUUGUGAUGCUUUGACCACUGGGUCAGAGCAUCUUCAAACAGCAGGUCUUAUGUGAUGCUCCCAGUAUGUAGUGGUUAGUACUUACCAAAAGUGAUACAAGGAAGAACAACUGGACAAGUUGAGGACAGGGUCACGGCCACCCAAGUUUGAUGGUUGUGGGGAACAAAGGCUAGCUUCCUGGUCCAAUCCCACAGAAAAGCAAAUGUAGCAAAAAGUUCAUGCUGGAUAUGAUAGAAAUGUUUCAAAACUCACAGUGCAUCACAGUUUACUGUGUAUGGGGCUGCUUAGCUUUAGACUGGUCUAAGGGCCCAUACUGUGCUCUGUCCAUUGCCAAAAGGAGCUACAAUGGGCAUGUGAGCAUCCGAACUGGACCACAGAGCAAUGGAAGAAGGUGACGUGGUCUGAUGAAUCACCUGGAUGGACGGGUGCAUGUGCAUGCCUUACCCAGGGAAGAGAUGGCACCAGGAUGCACUAUGGGAAGAAGGCAAUUUAGCAGAUUCUUUGGGCAAUAUCUUUCUGGAGUUCUGGUAUUCAUGUGGAUGUUACUUUGGCACGCAUCACUUACCUAAACACUGUUGUAGACUUGGUACACCUUUUCACUGCAGCAGUGGUCUAUAAUGGCAGUGUCCUCUUUCAGCAGGUGAAUGCUCCCUGCCAUACUGCAAAAAUUGUUCAGGAACGGUUUGAGGAACAUGACAAAGGGUUCAAGGUGUUGACUUGGCCUCUAAAUUCCCCUGAUCUCAAUCCAGUCAAGUAUCUGUGACAUGUGCUGGACAAACAAGUCCGAUCCAUGGAAGCCCCACCUCACAACUUUACAAGACUUAACAGAUCUGCUGCUAACGUGUUGGUGUGAGAUACCACAACACACCUUCUACGCCCUGACCUUAUGUUUUGGCAGUACAUGGAAGACCUACACAAUAUUAGACAGAUGGUUUUAAUGUUACGGCUGAUUGGUGUAUAGUAUUCUGUUUUCAUUAUAUUCUUGCACUGUCUUUUUAAACAGUUUCCAUUCCAUUAAUUCCAUUUCUAACUUCAAUCCCUUCAGAUUGUUUCUGUUCCUUGCUUGAAUAGCACCUGCCAUAGGAGCUGGUGAAAAGUUUUACAGAAAAGGGUCACGAAAUAAAUAAUCCCAAUAGUAAAAUUGAGCUUUACAUUAUUCUGUUUUGUUGGACCGUACCAUUAAUUUUUUCUACUGAGUGCAAAUGUGUUGUGUCAAAUCUGCGACACUGAAAGGAUGCGAUUCUCACCGCAAAGUUUUGCCAAAGAUAGUCACUGUCGAAAUAAAUAAAUCCACAUUUUCAUAGCUUCGGAACUAAAACUGCUGAUUGAAUGUCUAUGGGCAAAGUUUAAUCUCGGAUUUUAAUAUUAAUAGCAACAAAUGUACCUUUAAUUUGGGCAUAUUUACCUUUAAUGUAAUGCUGUGCUGAAGUUUAAAAAAAAUAAUUUCAGGAUUUAAAAGUGAUGUGGCAAUAAAAAGCCUGAAAAUAACUAAUAGCCCAUUAACGUCAAUAUCCACACUCUGCUGAUUGAUUCCUAGUGUAGCAAUAUAUAACAGUGGCAGUAUUUAGCCUGAGUGCCACAGUGCGCUGUGUGAAAGUCUUACUGAUGAUGAUAAAUGAUCUCAGUAACACUGUUAUGCUUAUUAUUUCACAUCAGUGUAUUUUUUUUCUUCUUCUUCAAUAAAGUCAUUUGAUUUGUACUA